AGCUCGCAGCCUAUCAGGCUGAGCCACACCAGCGCGGCGGCCGCCACACCCGACCUGCCUCCAGUGGCGCCGGCUCCCACAAAGGGGGGGGGGAGAUGAAGGGGGAAAGCAGCAGAUGCAAGGCACAACACCCCCCUGCUCUUACGCGAUUAAGUAUCCCCCCGGUUUUUCUCCGUUUUCCCUCAGAGAGACAGACAGACCGACCGACCGAGCAGCCCUACCCUCUCCUCACCAGAAAGAGGAGGAGACGGCAGCCGGGGUCUGGGAAGAUGGCGGCACUUCUCAUGGUCGAGGCCGGUGGUGCUGCGGGGUAGGGAAGUGCGUGAGGUGGACGGGCGGUGGAUUACCAGUCUCCCCACUCUCUCCCCCGGCCUCCAAAGGAAUUCCACAGCGGCGGGUGCGUAAGCUCCACCGGCAGAAGAGACCCAGCCUCGCUUGUACCCGCCCCUCUUACAGAAACCUACACAUACUUCCGGGUUCUAGGAGCGUUGGCGAGGCACGCCGGGAAAUAUAGUUUCAAUCCGAGACGGGUUGGUUUAUAGUUGGACGAGCGCCCUCUCUGGCUGUAGAGAGCAACAACAGCCUUUGGCGCUUGCGAACAGCCUGUUUUGCAGCGCUCUUUGGGAAGCGCAGGCAAGCUCCUACGGCGGGACCAGGCGUGUGUGUGGACUUCCCACAAUGCGCUAGGAACUGGUCUGGGGUGACGGAGCGGUGCAGCCUUGGCUGGCAGAAACCCCCACCGAAAGAAAGAGUCCUCUGGGUGGGGUCAACUUUUUUUCUACGAGGAGAGGAGCAGAAGACUGUGUUAAGUAACACGGAAGUGGAGAGUGCUCAGUGGCUGUUCUGUGCUGCUCUCACCAAAAACGGCUGCACCCAUGCGCAAGAGAGAGCAGACUCAGAAGAACCUCAAGGGAUUUAGAAGAACACUAUACCUGUUUUUUCAUAGAUACAUCUGGCCCUGUAUCUGGGACAAGAAUGAGCUCCAUCUGGCAUCUUGUCUUUGUUUAAUUACAAUGGAGAAGGCUAAACAUUUUUUCCACAGGUUUAACAUCUGAACUAUCAGAGAAGAGUAUGAAUGAUUCCAAGACCUGGCUGCUCAGUGGUUCCUCACUAGCAUCUCAAGUUCAUGCUGCUGCUGUUAAUGGACAUAAGAGUGCUCUUCUAAAACAGAUAGCAGGUAACCCUGAUCUGAAGAACAAAGAGGACCAGUUUGGGAGAACUCCACUAAUGUACUGUGUGUUGGCCGAUAGGCUAGACUGUGCUGAGGCUUUGUUGAAAGCAGGAACAGAUGUAAAUAAAGCUGACCUUAACCAGAGGACAGCUCUUCAUCUUGCUGCACAAAAGGGAAAUUAUCGCUUUAUGAAACUUUUACUUGCUCGUAGAGCAAACUGGAUGAAGAAGGAUAUGGAAGAAAUUACUCCUUUACACUUAGCUACCCAGCACAAGAAUCCUAAAUGCCUUGCUUUGUUGCUGAAAUACAUGGCACCAGGAGAAGUCGAUACACAGGACAAAAACAAGCAAACUGCUCUUCACUGGAGUGCCUAUUACAAUAAUCCAGAGCAUGUGAAACUUCUAAUCAAACAUGAUUCUAAUAUUGGAAUCCCAGAUAUCGAAGGCAAAAUUCCACUUCAUUGGGCUGCUAACCACAAGCAUCUCAGUGCAGUUCAUACUGUCAAAUGCAUUUUGGAUGCUGCUCCAACUGAAUCUCUGCUGAACUGGCAAGACUAUGAAGGACGAACUCCCCUUCACUUUGCAGUUGCUGAUGGGAAUGUAGCUGUUGUUGAUCUGUUGACCUCCUAUGAAGGUUGCAACGUGACCUCUUACGAUAAUUUAUUUCGAACCCCUCUUCACUGGGCAGCUUUACUGGGUCAUUCACAAAUUGUUCACCUUCUUUUAGAACGAAACAAGUUUGGGACCAUCCCAUCUGACAGUCAAGGAGCAACACCUUUACAUUAUGCAGCACAAAGCAACUUUGCUGAAACAGUGGAAGCAUUUUUGAAACACGCUUCUGUGAAAGAUGAUUCAGAUCUUGAGGGAAGAACAUCUUUUAUGUGGGCUGCUGGGAAAGGCAGCAAUGAUGUCAUCCAGACAAUGCUGAAUCUAAAAUUGGACAUUGAUAUCAACAUGGCAGACAAAUAUGGUGGCACAGCAUUACAUGCUGCUGCCCUUUCUGGCCAUGUCAGCACCGUGCAAUUGCUUCUAAAACAUGAUGCCCACGUAGAUGCUACUGACGUUAUGAAACACACUCCCCUCUUCCGUGCCUGUGAGAUGGGGCAUAAAGAAGUGAUACAGACUCUCAUUAAAGGAGGAGCAAGAGUUGAUUUGGUUGACCAAGGUGGCCACUCCCCCUUGCACUGGGCAGCUCUGGGGGGAAACCCUGAUGUUUGCCAGAUAUUGAUAGAAAAUAAAAUUAAUCCAAAUGUACAGGAUUAUGCAGGUAGAACUCCAUUGCAAUGUGCUGCCUACGGAGGCUAUAUUAAUUGCAUGGUGGUGCUGCUGGAGAAUAAUGCAGAUCCAAAUAUUCAAGACAAAGAGGGAAGGACAGCAUUGCAUUGGUUAUGUAACAAUGGCUACCUUGACGCUAUAAAGUUAUUACUAGGAUUUGGUGCCUUUCCUAAUCAUAUGGAGAACAACGAAGAAAGAUACACUCCACUUGAUUAUGCCUUGCUUGGAGCUCAUCACGAAGUAAUUCAGUUCAUGUUGGAGCACAGUGCGUUAUCCAUAGCUGCUAUACAGGACAUUGCAGCCGUAAAAAUCCAGGCAGUCUAUAAAGGAUACAAAGUUAGGAAAGCUUUCCAAGAUAGGAAAAAUCUUCUAAUGAAGCAUGAACAACUGAGGAAAGAUGCUGCUGCCAAGAAGCGUGAAGAAGAAAAUAGAAGGAGAGCCACAGAACUUCAGAAAGAAAUGCAGAACUCCAAGUUCAACAAGGUCCAUGUUCGGCAGCAGGAUAUUUCCGAGGCAGAGAUGAGUCACAUAAGACUUCAAACUACACAAUGCUCCAUUCAGCAAGGUGAUGCUCAUGGUGAAAGGUAUCAUUCUGGCAACAUGAGUGAAAACCAACCAGAAAUAAGCACAAGAACCUCAGCCACAGUCUUGCCAAACAAAGCGACUAUCAAGGACAAAUGUAACUCAGUCGAAGUCCCUGGUGAAGAUCAAAAAAGAAACAUGGAGGUAUCCAGAGCAAACAGUAAAUGCAAGUCCCAUUCCAGUAAAGAAAGCGAUGAGCGUCAAGUUAUAUCUGCUACUUCAAGCAGGGAUGGUAAAAAACACAAAGCGCCUAAUACGAAAGCAAAUGACACCUUUAUGCAUGCCAGGAAAAGGCAUGACUCCAGCAGUAAAGCUGCCUGUUCUGGGGAGAAAUCAGAAAAUCAAAGUCUGUCAAUAAACGACGAUAUAAACCAAUGUAAAGAAACAGGAGUUUGUGUUCAGAACACUAAGUGCACUGGUGGAAACACAAGGAAUUCAAGACACUGUGAAAUGGCACUUAAAGGCAACCUGCAGCAGGAGAAUGCAAGAAGCAAAGAGUUAAAUGAUGAGAAAUGGUGCCGAGCUGGUGCCAGCAGACCUGGGAGUGCCAAAGUGAGAAGUGCAUAUAUCAGGAAGGACUCUUCAAGCGUUGCUGUUAUACAAACAAAUAAGCUGACACGUAACAAGGUCUGUCCUUUGCUGGCCAGUGAUGCAAGGACUACAAGGCUAAUGUCCAACAAAAUGGCACUGGACAGCGGUUGCAGAAGCACUGCAAAACUGGACAGGCAAGCUCUAACAGCACCCCAGACUUCAGAGCAUCAAAUGUGCUUUCAUCAGCACAAUAGCACAAACAUUGAAGCCAUCCCCUUCGAGGUCUGGAUGCAAGCAAUAGGGAAGGAAAGAGCAAGGAAAGAGCUCUUCCAGAAGAAGAACUGUGCUGCUGACAUUAUUCAAAGGGCUUGGAGAAGCUACCAGUUAAGAAGGCAGUUUCUUCAGCUUUUCAGUGUUAAGCGGCAAUGCAAGGAAGAUGAAGACAAGUGGCAACAGGAUACGACUGCCUUUUGCAUCGAGGUUGCUUGGAACAAACGGUUGAAUCAUAACCCUUUGAAAUCAGUUUCCUCAGGCAAAAACCUUAUGAACAAAAGCAACUCAGGUUUAAACUGUACACAGAAGUCAUCCACCCUGAAGCAGAUAUAUGGGCGUUCUCGAGAGGGAAGAGUGUAUCAUCCAAUGAGAGUAUCUUCUUCAAAAUCUGAACUACAGAUACUGUCAGCAAGUGGAUUGCAGCACCUUUGCCUGCUGGAGAGCACAGGAAAAGUUAGACAGUUUUCAUCCAGUGUGGAACCUACAACAGUCAAAACAAAGCACACCAGAUCCAGGCACGAAAGCAAGACUAAGCUAUAGCAUAAAAGGAGAACCUAUCAUUUAUAUAUGGACAUAUUAAAAAAACCUUCACAGUAUUUUCAUCAGCAUAUUCACCUAAGUGAUUGUCAACAGUUCCAGGGUACUAAAACGUUCAUACUCAACUUAAACGUCCACUAAAUUUACUGAGUUAACUGGCAACAACUGGAAUGCUCUUUUCUCCAUAUAAAUAAAAUGAAAAGCCACACAAUCAAAUUUCUCAAAGUUUGAGUAGGAUUUUUUCUUUCUUUUUUUAAUUCAGUAAUAUACAAGGUCAAAAGGGUUAUUCACACCAGGCUUGCAGAAAAAAAAUCCUUACUGUGCUUUGCUCAUUUAUUCUUUUCAGGAGAAGCAGAUCUGAACAAAUCACACUCGGGACACAAUGCUUAAAAGUACUCAUAAGUCAGUGGCUCCAUAAUGACAGAUGCAGUCACCUCAUUCUGUUAAACCACUGCAGCUCUCCAAACUAUCCAACAGGUUUCGUAGCUCUGCUAGUUCAGACAACUUUUCAGCUUGACCUCUGCGUUAUAUGAAAAUGAGCAUUCUCAGUGAGGAGAUGCCUUGCUUGUUACACAAGGGUUUAUGCUUGAGCCAAAAAUUGUGAAAUUUUAGCUUACUCACAAACAAUUGUUAUGACGCGCCUCACUUUUACAGGGAAAAUAAUAUGCAAAAAGAAUAUUUACUACAUACACCAAGAAUAGUGUGUGUUACAAAACAUAAGAGAUUUUUUUGGAAGGCAGUCACCCUUGUAUCUUUGUUCACAUAAACAUGUUCUGCACAGGAACUUUCUAAAGCUCUAGCCAGAAAAGUGUUCACUCCCCCUCCCCUCCAGAUUACUUUUUUAAAAAACAAAACCCUACAUGCUUCAAAGGGUACAGCAAGCACCUUCCUGCACAGUUCUCUUCUGCAUUAGCAGCAGCCCAGUGAACUUCCCUAAUCUGUAGGUUUGUUUCACCCACUUACUCCCAGAGUGCUUAUAGGACAGCUACAACUUCCCCAUUAGCACUAGCUUUAGACAAGGGAUUUUCCUCAGGAACACAGCAGGAGGAAAGUUAACUUUCCCCUCUCCACCUGAUGCAAUUCCAAUAAUUAACAAUCUUCCCAGCUGAUGUUAUUCACCUUUCAAAAAAGCUUUGAAAUGCAAAUAUGCAUUUAACAUUAUGUCUAGUUUAGCCCUUAAUGACUGUGCUAAGCAGCCCAGGACCGUCUGCUUUUAAAUUCCUAUACAAAUACAAGAAAAGUAGCUUUUUACAUAAAAAAUUAUUUUAAUGAAACGUACUUUAAUUUCUGCAGAAAAUUGGCAUUUUGCAUUGAGACCAAAACAGAAACAACACAUUUGCAACUAAAUGCAGCUGUCCUCUUUAAUAUACUGUGUUAGCUGCACCAGAUCCUGGGGUGUGUGUGGCUAGGUAUAUAUUGAAAUAGUAAUGGAGGUCUGUCAGCCACUGCUCUUGAGCUUCACCACUCUUCAACACCUAAGAAUCAGAAAAUGAUGUUAUUGCUUGGAGUUUUGCAACAUUUCUUUGUAACAUUCAGGCACCUCGCAGCUAUUUAAACUUUCUUGAUUAUUUUAUAUUGUUUUUAUGAAGUUUUAUUGUACUUGUAUAUAUUGCUGUACACAACCU